AUGGAGCAGCCCAUUAUCAUCAGUUUCACUCCUGCUAGGAGGAUGGUAUGGGAGGAACUGUCCUCUCAAAAUGAACAGCCUGUCUUCUCCAAGGCCAAACCAGUCUACUACCUCACUCGUGCUGGGAGAAUGCUGGUAACAGAGCUGGCAGUGUUAAACACACAGACUUCCAAAUUGGUUAUUGAGGAGCCUACCAUUCACCUCACUGAAGCUGGGAGGCUAGUGCUUGACGAACUGUCAGCACCUUCAGAUAGCCAUUCACAGCCAAAUAGGGAAGACUCUGGUUUUCCCUAUGAGAAGUUGCAGCUGGUUGGGAACUGGGGUUCGUUUCAUUUCCAUUACUGGAAUAUCCAUUAUGGACGAGUGCAGCAAAAUGAAGAGGACAUGCAUCACCUGUGCAUUGUGAGGGGAGUGGAGAAGCAGCUGUGGUGGAGCAGAGUCAUCCAGGAAAAAAUCCUGGACCCAUGGGGUCUCGUCCAGGUGGUCCUCACCAACAAGAAGCUGAUUGGUAUUAAGUUCCUUGGUAGAAGGAUCCAUGGACUCAUGUCCGGCCUUGUCAAGAGGAGGUCUGAGUUCACCUAUUAUGAGGAUGCCCAGCAGGUGGAUAUCUCCACCACAGUGGAGGGGUACCAGGAGAGGGGGAUGAGAUGA